UCGGUCCCAGGUGCCUGCUCCGCUGCUGCUGCCAGCCACACUCCUGGCCGUCAGCCCUGCUUCUCCUUGUGCACAACUCCUGCUUCUCGUUAUUGUGCACAACUGACCAUACCAACUCCAUAGAUGUGCUCCUGCCUGGAGUAGACAGCUUCACAAAUUAAGGACUUUAGAGAAAAACAAAUUAUGACAAGACGUGAAGCAUUUCUACAAGUUGUAUCUAUAGAUACUGUUGAGAAGUUUGUGAAUUACAUGCAAAUUCAUAAGGAUCCAUUUGAUCUGAAUGAAUUGCUUCAGGAAUUACCAAGAAAACAGAAGGAAGCAUUAUGGGAGAGGCUGACACAACUAACAACACAAAUUUUGAUAGAAAACCCAGUGGAGGGAUGGCAGAGGAUUGAAGAUGAAAGUGAUGAUGAUGAUAUGGAAGUAGAACAAAGUCCAAAAAUGAAACAAAUAAUAGCUGUGAUCCAAGGGGUAACAACUGUCGCUACUGCUUCGAUAUCUGUAGUAGAUGAAAAUAUAAACUACAAAGCACUUCUAGAAUGUGCUCUAAUAUUAAAUGGUAUUCUCUAUGCAUUAUCUGAAUCUGAAAAAGCCCUACAAAGUGCCAUCCAGCACUUAUGUGCAAUGUGGUGGGAGAAAGGACUGGAAGGAAAAGAACAGCUGGGGAAAACAGCUUUUAUUAUGAUGCUAAGAAAAAGUCUGAAGAGCAAAACUGUUACGGGUGCAGAUAUAGUUCGCCUAUGGCAUUUACAUCAGACGUUACUGUUCUUUGAUUAUGAUCUGGAGGAGAGUAAUGAAGUAAAAGAUUUGUUGCUUCAGUGCUUUAUGAGUGUUAACCAUAUAAAAAAAGAAGAGGGAAGAAGAUUUCUGAGUUUUCUGCUGAGCUGGAAUGUAAACUUCAUUAAAAUGAUCCAUGGGACUAUUAAAAACCAGUUGCAGUGUUUUUCAAAAUCUCUGAUGGCAUACAUUGCAGAAAUUUAUUUCAGGGCAUGGAAGAAGUCUUCAGGAGAGAUCUUAGAGAUUCUUGAGGUAAAUUGCAUUCAGGAUUUCAUGCAUCAUGGAAUUCAUCUUCCUCGAAGUUCUCCAGUGCAUCCUAAAGUGAGAGAGUUGCUGAGUUACUUUCACAAACAAAGUAAAGUUCGUCAGGGGGUUGAAGAAAUGCUGUAUAGAUUGUAUCAACCUAUCCUUUGGAGAGCAUUAAAGGCUAGAAACUCAGAAGUUCGAUCAAAUGCAGCAUUAUUAUUUGUUGAAGCAUUUCCUAUUCGUGAUCCCCAUUUUAACAAUGAGGAUAUGGAUAAUGAAAUUCAAAGACAGUUUGAAGAACUUUUUAGUCUUUUAGAAGAUCCUCAACCAUUGGUCCGCUCUACAGGGGUACUUGGUGUUAGUAAAAUAACAUCCAAAUACUGGGAGAUGAUUCCGGCAACCAUCCUUGCUGAGCUUUUAAAAAAACUUAUUGGAGAUCUGGCUUUUGAUGUAACCUCAGCUGAUGUUCGCUGUUCUGUUUUUAAGUGUCUGCCUAUAAUUUUGGAUAACAAACUAAGCCACCCAUUAUUGGAACAGCUCCUGCCAACAGUAAAAUACAGUCUCCAUGACAAUUCUGAGAAAGUGCGAGUGGCUUUUGUUGAUAUGCUGCUGAAAAUUAAGGCGCUCAGGGCUGCAAAGUUCUGGAAGAUUUGUCCCAUGGAGCAUCUGCUGACUCGUCUUGAAGUUGAUUCACGCCCUGUAUCGCGUCGCUUAGUAAAUCUCCUGUUUAACUCUUUCUUGCCUGUUAAUCAACCUGAGGAGGUAUGGUGUGAACGCUGUGUUACACUAAUACAGAUGAAUCCAGCAGCAGCCAGAAAAUUCUAUCGGCAUGCUUAUGAGUACACUGCUCCCACCAACAUAGCUAAAUUAAUGCUCACUAUUCGGCGCUGCUUGAAUGCCUGCAUCCAGAAAGAAAUAAAAGAAAUGCAAGAUGAUGAAGAAAGUGAAAAGGAGAAUAUAAGUAUCCUGAAUAAUGUGUUGUCAAUAAAUGAUGUGGCUACCAUGGCAAGCUUACUGGAGAUUACUGUAAUUCUCUGGAGAAGUAUUCAUAAAGCACUGGAUCACAAUGAAGAAGCCAAAGAUUACACAAUCAGAAAGUUUGCCAUAGUACUUCCAGAAUAUUUUAAAGUAUUUAAGGAUGAUCGAUGCAUAAUUCCAUUAGUUAUUCUGGCAUCUUUCAUGCCAGCUUCUGCUGUUCCUACAUUCAGCUGUGGUGUAAUCUCUAAAUUGAGGAAUCUUGAGAAGGGAGCUGAUGAAAAUAAAUACUCGAUCCUGAUAGACUGCUUGUGUCGCUGGGGACAAGUGGGACACCUUAUAGAGUUAAUCUGUGAUUGGAUGUCUGAUGAGAUUACGCCAAGAAAGAGUAAUACAGCAUCUGAGCGGCGGGUACAUAUCCAAGUAACACAUGAAUCAAAGCCAGAAUUAGCACUUGAUUAUUUAGAAUAUUUAUUGACUCAGUCCAUGAAUCGGGAUUGCCUGUUAUCUGUCCACAAAAAGAAAUUGAACCAGCUUUUGAAAGUACUUGGAGCAGCAAAGGAGAUUCUUGUCUCAAUUAUGAAAGGGACUGAUGCAGGGUCUCAUAGCUUCAAUCAAGCAACUGCCAUAAGAGCCUUCACUCUCUACUGCAGAUUAAGUAUUCAUCUUCAGCACAAGUUUUCUUCUGAAGGAAAAGUUUACCUGUCACACUUGAAGGAAACAGGUGCUUGGAUAGAAAGUCAUGUUCUACCUUCUAUUCUAAUCCAUGAACGAGAGGAUGAUGUUCUAGAGCAGCACAUUGAAGUUUCUCAGCUAAUCAGCCAGGCAUAUCUGACAGUAUGUAAGGAUGCUAUAAUGGUUGGCCUUGGAGAUUCAGAGUUUCAAGCACACCUUUUAGAUGUCACUCUUUCAAUUAUGCAAACAGAAAGAGGCUGCUUUUGUAUCCCUACAUUACUUUGUGUUCUCAAAGAGAUUAUUGAAGCUUCUUUGACUCAAAACAUUGGUACAGAUGAAGAAGUUGCAACGUUUCUCCAUGCUGUUCAGGCUGUGUUCCAAAAAAUUUUAGAAUGUGUUGCACGCAGACUCAGAAAAUGGCGGGAAGAAGGGCUUCAGUUGAUUUAUUCUAUUCAGUCGCCUCUUGGAGAAUUUAUAUACACAGUCCAGCACUGGCAUUCAUCUUGUCCAACAGUUCACCGUGGUGUACUCUCUACUCUCCUAGCUGCAGUAGUGGUUGAGAUAAGUCACACACUGAGAAAGAUGCCUCUACCUGGGAAAAGCUCACUUCUACCAUUUUCAGAUCUGCAGUCUAUGGACCUGUCAGGAAACUCAACUGCAUACUUACUAGAGCUCAGGGCUUCAAAUGCAGAAGAACUUGCACCACCAGAAUCCACUGCAGACCUUCCUCCACUUUCAGGCAGUUUAAUGACAGUGAUAAUUAAGUCAAUAAACGUGGUCAGGUCAUUUUUAAAUGAAUUAAUGGAAUGCAUUAUCUGUGAGGAAAUUGAAGGAAUUAUUAGUAUUACAGCUGCUGCAUACAUAGUUGUUAUAAUCAAAGGUAAGCACAAAGCUUCACUUGUUAAGGAUAUUGCACAUACCCUUCAAAAGAAGCUGAUGGAUUUCAGGGAAGUUGCCAUGGAAGAAUCUAGCAGCAUUGAAAGAACCCUUUAUGAAUCAUCUAUGAAAAUUUUGGAUGGCAUCUUGAAUCCUUGACUGUAGAGCUGCUUUCAAGUCAUGAAAAGUAGAAAAGAAGAUCUGUUGUUUUUAUAAAGGAAGCAAUAUGUUACCUUGAAAAACAUAUUUAAUAUAAUAGCGAAUUGUACCUUAUUGGAAUGCUUGUAUUAUGCUAGCUUAUUGCUUUGCAUUAGCAAGCAAAUGAAUAACUUUUAUAUUUCUUUCAUAUUUAAAACAAUUGUGCAGAAACUUCUUUUAAAGUAUGUGGACAUUUUUGUAUAUACAUAGAUAAUGUAUUAAAGAUUUUGGAAUGGCUAUCAGGAGGGGCUUCUUAGGUAUAUUCCAAGCAUUUCAUAUGAAAUAAAAUCAAUAGCCUUUUAUACUUUUUUUAAAGGAUUAAUAAAAUGACUGAACUAUCCCUUUGAAUGGCAUUU